GAAAAUUUUUUGGGAAAUAAUUUUUUUUUUAAAAAAAAAACAAAAUCCUCAACUUCGAUUAUUCUUAUGAUUUUUGGUGAAUUGUGAUUGGCUGAGAGAAACGGCGGAGUUCGCUGGAUCGGCGCUGGAAGGCAUGCAGAUGAAUGUUGAAGACAUAGAGAGAUCGAGCAAGCUCUAUAUUCCAAAGUGUGUCCCGUCCCAGUGUAAAAGUUAUUUUAAAAGAGACUGUUGGUGCUGUUUUAAAAAUCCAAAGUUGUGUUGGACAACCGAAGACGCAUGCGUUGCCAGUUCCCGUUGUCCUCCUCUUAACUUUUUAAAAAACUAAUGUAUUAGAUACACUUUUUUAACGCACUAUUCUGAAUAAUACAAUAUAUGUAGUAUUAAAUAGGUGUAGAAGCGUUUUUUCGUAAAAAAUAUUA